CAAUGUAGUGUAACAGUAUUUUAAGGCCAAAUUUCUUAUAACUUGUACAAAAUCUGCAAGUUUUUAGACCCUGAAUAAACAUAGUAUACAUAUUUUUUUUUAGCAAAUUAAUGAAAUAUUUCGCUUUCUUCCACUCAUAAAUGAACAAAAAUAAAUAAUAAAAAUUGAUUUCUUAACCACUCCCAACCCAUCCAUAUUCCAUAACUAACGUGCAUAUAUACAAGGGCUUCCAAAAUAAUCUGCCAUGCCUGCAAAAUAAACCUAACCAUGUAUAUUUAUACGACUAGUUAUUACUAAUUACUAAUAUGGAAUUAUCUUAAUAAGAAAUGACGAUGUAUAAGUCCAAGUGUUGUUUUCUUCUUCUAAUUAGCUAUUAUUUGCUUCAAUGGUAUUGUACCACUGUUACCUGCAAUUGUGUUGCUCCGGAGGAUCCAAUCAAAUGCUCCUCCGGCAACUCCAACUGUAUCAUCACAAACUCUCAAGAGUCCUUCCCUGAUCGAAGCAUCUGUCGGGCAGCUGAUGUCGUCUAUCCUACCACCGAAGCUGAGAUCAUCUCAGCUGUGUCUACUGCAACGAUGAAAAAGAGAAAGAUCAAGGUAGCAACCAGAUAUAGUCACAGUGUUCCAAAGUUGGUGUGUCCUGAUGGGGAAGACAGUCUAGUCAUAAGCACAAAAAAACUGAAUGAAGUACUGAAAGUGGAUAAGGAGGCUAAAACCAUUACAGUGCAAAGCGGCAUGACGCUAAAGCGGCUGAUAAAGGAGGCGGCCAAGUACAAGCUAGUAUUGCCCCAUACACCAUACUGGUGGGGCCUUACUGUUGGUGGGAUGCUCGGAACAGGUGCUCAUGGAAGCUCAUGGUGGCUGAAAGGAAGUGCGGUUCAUGACUAUGUUGUGGAACUUAGGAUCAUUAGUCCAGGCGGUGAUGAAGAUGGGUAUUAUAAGAAUCGUACGCUUAAGGAAGGUGAUGAUGAUGAUCUUAAUGCAGCUAAAGUCUCACUUGGGGUUCUAGGAGUCAUUUCUCAGGUAACGUUCAAAUUGGAGCCUCUCUUUAAGAGAUCAAUUACUUUAGAGGAAACCAAUGACGACAGUGGCUUAGGGGAGGAGGCCUUAAAUUUUGGCAAAAAACAUGAAUUCGGAGACAUAACAUGGUACCCUAGCCAACACAAAGUAAUGUAUCGUAUUGACGAUAGAGUUCCCUCCACAACUCCCGGCAAUGGUGUCAAUAACUAUCUCCCUUUCCAGUCAAUUGCAGCAUCUCUGUUGGUAGCUAGCAGAAAAAUAGAGGAGUUGGCAGAAGCUAUUAACUAUGCUGAUCUGAAAUGUUUCGGGGGAAAGGCGGUAUCAGCCACACUGAAGGGCAUGGCAUUCGGAUUAACCAACAAUGGUAAGAACUUUAAAGGCUACCCUGUAAUCGGUUAUCAAAAUAAGCUUCAAGCAUCAGGAGGAUGCUUAACUCCAGGGUCUUGUUUACUCAAAUCAUAUUGCCCGUGGGAUCCAAGAAUUGACGGCGAAUACUUUUUCAUCCAGGGAUUUAGUAUAGGAAUCUCCAAAGUGAAGAACUUCAUUCAAGAUGUACAAAAACUAGUUGAACUAGAGCCAAAAUCACUAUGCGGCUUAGACAUGUACAAUGGCAUACUAAUGAGAUAUGUUAGCGCCUCUACAGCCUAUCUUGGAAAGGAUGAAGAUGGAAUAGACUUUGAUAUUCCCUUUUAUCGAAGCAAAGACCCUAUGGCUCCUAGGAUGUUCGAGGACAUACUCGAGGAAACCGAGCAGAUGGCUAUGUUUAAGUACAGGGGAAUGCCUCACUGGGGAAAGAAUAGAAAUGUAGCCUUUGAAGGCGCGAUCAAGAAGUACAAAGACAAUGAAAAGUUCUUAGAUGUCAAGCAGAGAUACGAUCCCUCGGGUUUGUUUUCAAACGAUUGGACAGACCAAGUAUUGGGGCUUAAAGAAGGAUUGAGCAUUUACAAAGAAGGAUGUGCACUCGAAGGGCUAUGUAUAUGCUCUGAGGACAUUCAUUGUUCUCCUAAAAAGGGGUACUUUUGUAAACCAGGAAGGGUCUACAAAGAAGCAAAGGUUUGCAGAAAAGUAAAAUCUAUUGGCAUUAUUUGAAUUUACAGUCCAGUCCUAAGCUUGUUACAUAGAUAAAAUUGUACCAAAUUCAGUAAUCAAUACAAGAAAUUAGCAUUGUUAACAAUUGUCUUAACACAGACACAAUUCAAUCUAAGAAACUUUUUGCAAAUUUGAUUAUUUCUUGAAAUAAAAUUAUGUUGGAGGUUGUCAUUGUAUGAAAAUGUAAUAAAAACAGUGAAUUGAAUCUAUUAUCAACAAAGUAUUACUAGGGCUGUAUAAUUAUCACAAAUUACAUAAAUGGUUAAUUGAUUAUUUUGAUGAAUAUUUUACUAUGAAGAGUACAUACUCACAUUCAUGUGUACUUAUAUAUAUACAAGAAAUUACACUGCAACAACAGCAAAUUAUAUUGCAUAUACUGAUAUAGUGAUAUACAUAAACUCCUAACUAUAUUUCCAUUGUGUAAAGUGAAGGGCAAAAUAGGAAGAAAAAACGAACUCACGCAGAGUGGCAGUUUUA